AUGGCUCCCGAGAAAUCCAUCUCCCCGGCCCCCUAUGUGGUCGAAACAGCCCCCGAUGUCAAGGCCGGCACUAUGCAGGCCAUGGUCGAGGCUGACCUGCUCGACGAGCGAUAUAAAGUCACCCAGCGCGGGCUCAAAAAUCGCCACGUCCAGCUGAUGGCGCUGGGAGGCACCAUUGGGACCGGUCUCUUUGUGGGUUCCGGUCAGGCGCUGAACAUUGGCGGCCCUCUGUCGCUGCUACUGGGCUACAUCUUCAUUUCCGCGCUCGUCUACGCUCUUGUCACCGGUAUCGCAGAAAUCGGUUCCUACCUGCCUGUCCACGGCGGCACGAUGAGUUACCACGGCUUCCGCUAUGUCUCGCGCAGCCUGGGGUUUGCCAUGGGCUACCUCUACUGGUACUCGCUGGGCAUCCUGGUGCCGUACGAGGUCGUCGCCGCAUCCAUGGUCAUCCAGUACUGGAACUCAGGUGUGCACCUCGCUGUCUGGAUCACCAUCAUGCUGGUGGUCAUCGUGCUGCUCAACUUCCUGCCCGUGCGAUUCUACGGCGAGACUGAGUUCUGGUUCUCCGGCAUCAAAAUAAUCACCCUCAUCGGUCUGCUCAUCCUCUCCUUCAUCCUCUUCUGGGGGGGCGGACCCAACCGUCAGCGCCUGGGCUUCCACUACUGGAAGGAAAACGGCGCCAUGAACACCUACCUCGUCGACGGCGACGCGGGUCGCUUCGUCGGCCUUCUCCAGUGCAUCGUCAAGAGCGCCAUCGCCUUCAUCUUCGCGCCGGAGCUGAUCAUCAUCUCGGGCGGCGAGAUGGAAUCCCCACGGCGCAACGUCCCAAUCGCCGCGCGCCGCUACAUUUACCGGCUCGUCUUCUUCUACGUGCUGGGCGCUCUCGCCAUCGGCGUCAUCUGCUCUUCGCAGGCUCAGGCCAUCGUCAACGGCAGCGGUACCGACGCCAGCUCCUCCCCCUUCGUAGUUGCCAUUGCCAACGCCGGCAUCCCUGUUCUCGACAGCAUCGUCAACGCCGCCAUCCUCACCUCUGCAUGGUCCGCCGGCAAUUCGUUCCUCUAUAUGUCCUCGCGCUCGCUCUACUCGCUCGCCAUCUCGGGCAAUGCCCCCAGGGUUUUCAAGGCUUGCAACCGCUGGGGCGUUCCCUACCUCGCCGUCGGCGCCUCCUCUCUCUUCUCCCUGCUCUCCUACCUCGCCAUCAACAACGGCAGCAACACCGUCUUCAACUGGCUCAUCAACUUCACAAACACCUCCGGCUUCAUCUCCUGGAUCUGCUGCUCCAUCGUGUACUUCCGUUUCAACAGCGCCAUCGCCGCCCAGGGUGUUGAGAAACCCUACCGCUCCAUCAUGCAGCCCUAUGGCAUGUACGUCGGCAUGUUCGGCGCCAUUUUCCUUGCCCUCAUCAACGGCUUCAGCUGCUUCUUUCCCUCUGAGUGGUCCGCUAGUAACUUCUUUACCGCUUACAUUGGUAUCCCCGCCUUCUUGGUGCUGUAUCUCAGCCAUCGCGCCGUCUUCUGGUCUGAUCCUUGGGCCUGGCGUCCAACCGAUGUCGAUCUCCAUACUGGGUUGGAAGAAAUUAUCGCCGCGGAGAAACCCCCACGGCCUAGGGAUACUUGGUAUCGGAAGUUGUUGGCUCUGGUGGAGUAG